AGAAAGAAAGAAAGCAUGAAGAAGUCGGCUGGGAUGGGCUCGGCUCCUCUCCCUCUACCGUUUGCCUGCUAGCCUUGCUAGCAGUGUUUGCGUCUGCAGCUGGUUUCGCAGUUGCACAGCCGGUGGUCGUCACGGUCGCGUACAACAUCGGCAAUGACGAUUACAUGGCCUUCAUCAACCAGCUCCGUACAACUCUGGCCGCUCAUCCCAGACCUGACAACGUCGCCGGCCAUCCUGUUCUCCCACGGCAACACCUGGACCAGCCGCCGGCGAGCUGGAUCCAUGUUCCCGUUACCGCGGGCGACAAGACGGUGACGCUGGCGCUGAGGGACGACAACCUCUACCUCAUUGGCUUCAAGGCCCAGAGCGGCAGCUGGUACGAGUUGGGCUACGCGAAGCCAGGGGAACAGCCGCAGAUCCACGGCGCUACGCUCCUCCAAUGCGACGACACAUACAGGGCGCUCCUCGGCGGCGGGUCGAGCAAGCAAGUCAAGCAGAACAUGAAGAACCUUCAACUCGGGAAGACGGCGGCGGAAGCAGCCGUGAAGCACCUGACGAUGUACGCUCAUGCCGCAGCCGCCGGGCCGGACGAGGCCACCAAGGUCGCCUUGGCACGCAUGCUCAUCACCGUCUGCGAGGCUGCCCGCAUGUCCUCCAUCUCCACUACCCUUAGCACUGGCUGGGGCCAGGCGGCGACGGUGAACCUCGACGAUAUCCAACCUUUCUACAUCCACAACUGGGGCAACCUAUCUACUGCCAUACUAGAGCGGAGGAAGCAGGGACCUAGGUACCCAUGGCCCAAGAAACUCGACGCGGAGACCCAUAUCAAGGACGCCGCCGGCGCGCUCGCGGUGGUCCAGCUCCUGCUUAAUCGUGCCUACUAGUGUGCUGAACCAUAAAUUGUAUGCAUGCAUGUCUAUUCUAAUAAAAUAAAAUAAUCGUGUGGGAUGGAUGAAUAAUGAGGUUGGGCUGUAAAAUGUGAACCUGCUGCAUGCAUUUCUCAUCUAUGCAUGCGUACAACAAAACACAA